AUGGUUGCUAAAACAGCGUUAUUAUGGGCAACGCUUGCAAGUUGGUCAUUUGGAAAAAGCCUCAGUUUCACAUCACCACAAGGAACAACGGCUCAGUAUCAAACAAACUUUAAGACAACAUUAAAAUGUCGGUUCAGCACAUCACUUAAUGCGGUUGCCAAUCGAAACAAGAAAGAGGACGACGACCAAAAUUCUCAGCCUUCGCAAAGGCAUACCGUGUACAAGCAUUUAUUGCAUCACUUUCAGGGCGACUUUGACAACUAUCGACAAGUACUCGAUGACCGAAAGGAAAAGUUGACCCCGAGGGAAGGUGGCGGUCACGAGAACUUCCACUGCACUUUGGUUCCUCUUUCCGAGACAUCUAGACUAGCCGCUUUCUAUUUUGACGGAAAUCCACAACGCAUAUUCCGGUUCCGCUAUUAUGAACUUUUAAUGACAGCCGAAGAUGACACGAAUGAUAUAAGCUGUGGUGACAUCGAAAUGAAGUUAUAUACACUGAAUCCAGAGUUGGAGCGGGAGCUACGAUCUUGCUCAGAUGAACCAUUGAAAUGGCCAGCCAUGUUUCAUUCCUUUGAAAUAAAUGAGGCUGACAAGAUCAAGUACCUACCGAAUUGUGAAAUUCGAUGGUCAGUGGACAUGGAUCCAGUGGAACAUGCCUACACCUUGGACCAUGACAACAUGUCCAAGCUGGACAAUAAAAAGCAGGAUUCUAUUCAUGCAAUCAUGGUUCAUGGGGAAGCCAUUGUGGAUUCCACCAUGAUACCAGGAGUCAAGAUUCGAAUUUUGGAUCAGCUGUCUCUUUAUGAAGACACCUUUUACAUUAAUGAUCGAGGUCUGGAUCCGGAAUCUGGUGCUUUUAUUUAUGGCAACCAACGUGGUGUUCCUUAUCGAUUAGAUCGUGUCACACGACUAGUUCAAAUUGAAGAAGAGGACGCACAAUUGGAGCGACAGAUAUUCGACGAGGAUCUAGCAUGGACCAUGGGAGAAUCAUGGAGAUCAUCUGAUGAGUACAAUGCCAAAAUCGAAGCCAUUGGGGGGUUAUCGGCGGUAAUGAGUGGCAAGAAACCUCCCUCCUCCAAAUGA